AUAUCUAUAUGGAAACACGAAUAGUCGGUGCAGGGCGUUUGAGCGUGACAGUACGCACUACGGAGAUCAAAAAAUAUAAAACAUAAACAAUUUUAACACACACAUUGUUAUGCACAUACAUACUGUAUAUACAUCAAGAAUGAUCCACCAUGUAUAUACAUAUAUCGUGAUUUGUUAAUACAAGUUGGAGUAAGCAAAAAAUAAAAAGCAAUACAACGGAUAGCUUCUUUAGAACAAAAAUUAAGCAUUUAAACAAAGUGAAUUGAAUGAAGAACUGGAUUCGCAGAAGAGAAGAGACUGAGCAUUGUCGAUAAACAACUUAAAUCUAGUGACAAUAAAAUUUUUGUUUCAAAUUUCUUGACACGCAGUAUAUUUACAUAUAAAACAACUAAAAAAAAACAACUAAAAACGCCGCUUAUUUGUUACGAGUGAAGUCAAACGUAUAUAAAUUUUGUGUAGCAAACAACCAUUCAACCUAACUUGCGCAACAAUGCUGGACACGAUAGUCUACAUACCAACCAUAUUGGCGUAUGUUUUCAUUUCGCUUCUCGUCAUCAUCCUGUGCUUUAUUGUAGUCUACAUCAGCCAUAGAAUUUAUGUGUGCAUCUAUGACAAUCUGCCGGUGGCGCAUGCGGCACUUGCAAGCAUUAUGAGCAUGGACUACAAGGAAAGUGCAUCGAGCAAAAGUCAUAGUGGCAUCACGUUGCUUUCGGCAAGUAGUCUGCAGGAAAGAAAAACAAAAACAGCGCUAAGGAUCAUUGUUUCGCUAUCGCCGACCUAUCUGGCCUAUGUGACAUUGGAAGGCAAUAAAUGCAACAAGGAUAAUCAACAACAAAAUAAGUUCAUCAAGUAUUAUGAUCGCUUGUCAGAAAUUCCAAUGGCUGAUCGUUCACCGACUUGUGUCAGUGAACGUCAAUUGUAUAGCAGUUCUCGCAGGGGUAAGGAGAAGCAGGAUGCCGCAUGCACUACAGCUUCGUCGAACAUUUUAGGAACAUCCACCAAUGCUGUCAUAGAAUCUAUUGGCACUUCCACAACGAGAUUGCAACUAAAUGAAGAAACGGCUAAAAAUAAUCAAGAAACAGCAGAGCGCCGCGCUUCGACUUUUGGUGCACGCCCAUCGGUCACCUUUGCAAAUGCCGUUGAAGCGCUCGCAAAUAUCAAAAUAACUGCGCCAGAGGAUUCGUAGGGGCCAUGAUUACCAUUUUAAUUGUAUGAUAUACUUAUACUAUAUACCUAUAUAAAAAAUGUACAAUGGAUAUCUCUAAUACGAGUACAUUCAUACAUACAAAUAUGUAUGUAUAUGAAUUUGUGCACACUUACAUACUUACAUACUUACAUACAAACAUACAUUUUUACUUUAGCGGCAUUCACUUAAGAGGUUAAUUACGGAAUUAUGCAGUUGAAAAACUUGUUUCUAUUAUUUCUAGAGUGCGGCUUGUAAAGCAAUGCGAACGCUUUAAGCUACAAAUAUGCACAGCUGUUUAUACAAUAUGAUUUUUUAUUGGAUUGAUAUGCAUAAGUGCAUAUGUACAUACAUAUAUGAGUACAUUUGUAAGAAUGUUUCAUUUUUUAAAAUGCUUCGCUUAGACUUUACUCUACUUUUAAGUACUUGACCUUCCAUAUCACGAACGUUCGAAACGAUAAAUUAGCAAAAAAUUAUACUGGUUUCAAACUGAAAAUUGCAAAUAUUUAUAACAUUAUUUUUAAUAUAUUACUUAAUAUUAUAAUAUAUUUAUUUUUAAUUAAAAAAUACUUAAAUAUCGCGCGUUUGCUAGUUGAGUUUCAUAUUUCUACAAUAAAAAGAAGAAUAAAUCGACACAAUCAGCUUUAGAGCUUUCAAUUUACUUUAUAAGCAAAAAUAAGCCUAUUUUAUUCCAAUUGUUUACAUAGCAUACGAGAGUUGCCUUCUACACCUUUGCGCCCAAAAAUGAAACCACAGUAAAAUCUAAUUGAAAAUGGCUUUAUUGCUUUUCAAAAUAUUCUCCUUGGAAGUCAAAACACUUCUUCACCCGCUUCAACCAAUUUUCAAAGCAUUUUUACACUCAGAAGUGGAAACCUUCAAAAUGAACUGCUUGAAGGCAUCACAGUUUCUUCAGGUGUUGACCUCGAAUUUCAUUUUUGAUAUUCGGGAACAACAAAAAGGUAUCGUUAAGUGCUAAAUCAGAGCUGUAGGACGGAUGGCCCAUUAAUUUGAGCUUUUCAGUGCACCAAAACUCUCUUGUGUGAACCGGUGAGUGAGAGCCCGCAUUAUCUUGGGUGGAGGGUGAUUAUUGUUGUUGUUGUAGCAGUAAUAGAAUCCCCGUCAGUGUAGAGUAUAUCACCGAUCAUCUUCGUCAGGCUCAUCUAAAGGUAGGCAGAGGGAGAGGGGUGUUAGAUGAGUGGUUUUUAAAGGGCAUGUGAAAAAGUGGUUAGUGUCGUGCGGGGUGCCUUCACAUGCCGGAUAUAUGUUUGGUAUGUCGGGGUUAAUUCUGGAUAAGUAGGAGUUUAACCUGCUACAACAUCCAGAACGUAAUUGUGCCAGUGUUACGCGAGUCUCACGGGGAAGCUGGAGCUCUUCAUCUGCAAUAGGUGGUGGUUGGACCCCGAUUACGGCAUUCACUGGACGGGAGCUUAUGAAGAUGGUAAGAGUCUCCCGGUGAAUGUCGUUUAAUGUCUGUCUAAACAGUGUUUGGUCGUGUAGGUGUGUGUUUGUUUUGUCCUGGAUCUCGUCGGCAUAGUGUAGUAGGUGUCUCCUGGCGUGCCUGGGAGGCGGCUCUGGCUCAAGCAGGUGUCUGCAAGGGUGAAACCUACGGUAGCACCCUAACAGGAACUGCUUGCUGAGCAGUUUGCUCUGCUCCUUAACAGAUAGCAUAUUGGCCUCGUUGUGAAGGUGUUGUAUUGGGCACAUCAGGAGGCAGCCCGUCGCUAUCCGAAUGGCAGUGUUUUGACAUGUCUGGAGAGCUUUAUCCACUGCGUGUCAGUGGUUCAAGGCGACCAGAUAGGCGCAGCAUAGUUUAGAACCGGCCGGCCAAUUGCCUUAAAUGUCUAUAGCAACAAUUCUUUGUCUUUUCUCCAAGUGCUGCCGGCAAGCGAUUUGAGGACUUUGUUGCGAUUUUGUUGCGAUUUGCAGUGAAAAAGCUAGAAAGAUCGGUGAGGUAGUUGUUCCCUUUGGACCACAGACCAUCGAUGUCAUUUCCCGACGCCAUUAUCGUGCGGUCGUCAGCGUAUGUGACCAGGGCUACUCCCUCUGGUGGUUGGGGGAGUUUCGAGAUGUUGAAGUUGAACAGCAAGGGUGUAGGGACACCAACCUGCGGAACACCUUGCUUAAUCUUCCUCUGUUUAGAUGGUCACGAAAAAUCACUGACGAGUGACGACCGCUCAGAUAGUUGGCGGACCACCUCUUCAGCCCUGGCGGGAGUGUCGACUGAAAAAUGUCAUCUAGUAGCGUGGAAUGGCUGACUGUGUCGAAAGCCUUGUUCAGGUUCAACGCUACUACCCUUGUGAGAAACCCUACUCAUAAUGGUCCCAGGUGCUUGAGCAUCAGCGUGUUCAGUCCGUCAGGGCCAAUGGCUUUUGAUGAUUUUGCUUUUUUGAUGGCCUCCUGAACCUCAUCGCAGGAGAAAGUAAGUGGCGCACUGUCGUUCGCCAGUUUGUGCAGCCGUCUGAUAGCACAACGCUUAGUUCUGUCGCGACAUGUCGGCCGUAGGAUGCAGUGUGAAACGCCGGCUAAAAUAGCUCGCGCAUCUCUUCGGGUCCGACGAAGUACAACCGUUGAACGUCAUUGCCACCUUGAGGUUGUGCUUCGUCGGGUUCGAGGGAGAAGGGUGAUUCAUCUUCGCCGCUUGAACUCCCCUAAUUCUCCAAAAACUUCUGGCAAACCAAAUGGUUGUGCACCACUCCAAAUUUACCAUUUUAAGCUGCCCUAGUAGUACAAUUGCGAUAUGACCACAUUUUUCGAAACCACCUGCGACCAUUUGCGUUGAGGUGUUUCUUCCGCGAACAACUUGCCGAUAUCAAAGACGCGCUUUGAAUCAUCACGGCUAAAUUUUUUUGAACAUUUUCUUACACCAAAUGACACGAGUCCUUUUUUGGGCGGUCUCACAGCAGUCGGUUGUACGAAACCGGAACGACCUGGAUUUCUAUCCGGCCAAGGACUGUCACUACGACAACAACAACAACCCUUUUUGGGUAAAUGCCAAAUUAUGUGGUAUUCAGCGAGAUCAAUUCUUCUUGAGGUCCAAAUAUUCGUGGAAUUUUGAAUGCAUGCUGAUCCCACUAAUGGCCAAAGAUCCCUCUGUACUGCGUUAUGUCACUUGACGAUCAUUUAUUUAUAGUAUAUAUCACAUUGACGAUCUUGACGAUAUAUCGCAGCAUCGAUUAUUUUAUUAUUUAUUAUACAAAAACCGUUUUUGGACGGCCUUCAUGAAUUUCAUCCUGCAAGGAUGAACGGCCACGUUGGAACUUCCCUAUACCAGCGCUUCGCCGUGUCUAAGUGUAACGCUUCAAGGCCUUAAGUCGAAGUAAGUUGAUCAAUCCAUUCCUUUCUCGAUAAUCCACAUCGAAAAUCGCAAUAAAUUUGCAUGAGUUAAUUUCAUAUUUUGGGCGAGAUGAUUUUUUCAACUCACUGAAAAAAAAAGAAAGUGCAAACUUCAUAUGUACGUUUUUGCUAGAAAUUAUCAAACUUUGCGAUAAAAAUAUCAAAUUACAGCGCAAUAUGAAAGGCAAUCUUUGUAAAAAAGAGGUAUUCUGGUAUUCUCCCAUAUAACUAGCGUUAUCUACGAGAAUUUCGCUAAAGACACACGACUACAUACUGGGUAGUUCAAUGAGUUUAUUGAUCUUUAUUAUUCAGUAGCCUCACUGAGCGUCAAUACAUUUAUUUCAACGAGAUUCAAAUUUAUGAAUUCCGAUUCGAUACUAAAUGGCUUGUGAACAAAGAAUGAAUUGACAGAUUGAAAUGAAACUUCACCUACGCUCAUAUGAAGAGUGCACCAACAUAACAAAAACAAUUAAGCUAGUAGCAACGCCCUCUCUUAUCGAACCGCAAAACUUAUUGAGCAACCUAGUACGCAUACAAACAUAUAUAAAGUGCAUUGCAAAUAAAAACCAACACUACAUAUUCAACCACCUUCUAAGUGAUAAAUGUGAUUUACAGCACAAACUUUUUUUUAAUUUAAUUUGUAGGCAGUUGAGUGAUGUUUUUUUCCAAAAAUUUCAGUGAUAUUUUAAAAAAUUUUUCGCAAAAGUUCUUUAAUCAAAAAAUAUAAUAUAACAAUAUACAUAUAAUUUAAUAAUAUAAUUAAGAAAUAGGCGAAACAAUUUACUUAAUUAUUAGUACUUUU